AGUGUGGGCUGUUCUACAGCACCAUACAGUAAUAACAGGCUGAGAGCUACCAAGCAGAGGCUGCGUAGUGUCCUUUUGGGAGAUUAAUCCACAUUUCUCUGGAGGAUUUGACUCAUUUACUCUAAACUUGAGAAGAUGGCACAGUGGCACCAGCUGCAGAUGCUGGACUGCAAGUACCUGGAGCAGGUGGACCAGCUGUAUGACGACUCAUUCCCCAUGGACAUCAGACAGUACCUGAGCAAGUGGAUUGAGAGCAUUGACUGGGACACCGUAGCGAUGCAGGACUCUCUAGCCACUGUUCGGUUCCACGACCUCUUGGCUCAGCUAGACGACCAACACAGCCGCUUUGCCUUGGAGAACAACUUCCUGCUGCAACAUAACAUACGCAAGAUUAAGAGGAACCUGCAGGAUCGGUUCCAGGAAGAUCCAGUCCACAUGGCAAUGAUCAUCUCCAGGAACCUGAAGGAGGAGCAGAAGAUUCUGGCCAAUGCAAAGAGUGCAGAGCCCGAUAGUGAGGGGAUGGUGUCAGCCAUGGUGGUGGAGAAACAGAAGCUGGACAACAAAGUGAAGGAGGUGAAAGACAGAGUUCAGGUGGUGGAUCAGAACAUUAAGAAUCUGGAAGACGUGCAGGAUGACUAUGACUUUAAAAUCAACACACUGAAGAACAGAGAGAAUGAAGUGAACGGUAUGACACCAAAGGAGCUUGAAAAAGAGAAAAUGAUGGUGGAGAGGAUGUGCUUUGACCUGAAAACCAAACGUCAGGAAGCGGUGUCCCAGCUGACGGACCUGCUGAACGCCACUCAGACGCUGCUGUCAGACCUGAUCUCUGAGGAGCUGCCAGAGUGGAAGCAGCGGCAGCAGAUCGCCUGUAUCGGCGGGCCGCCCAACGCCUGCGUGGAUCAGCUUCAGAACUGGUUCACAGCAGUAGCAGAGAGUCUGCAGCAGGUCCGUCAGCACCUGAACAAGCUUCAGGAGUUGGAGCAGAAGUUCACCUACGACAGCGACCCCAUCACACAGAAGAAAGAUCUCCUGGGGGCCCGAGCUGUGGAGCUCCUCAAGAACCUCCUGUCCAACUCACUUGUGGUGGAGAGGCAGCCCUGCAUGCCCACCCACCCUCAGAGGCCGCUGGUGUUGAAAACAGGUGUGCAGUUCACUGUGAAGCUCAGGUUCCUGGUGAAGCUGCAGGAGUUUAACUACCAGCUCAAAGUCAAGGCUUUCUUUGAUAAAGAUGUCACGGAGAAGAAAGGUUUUCGGAAGUUUAACAUUUUGGGAACGAACACCAAAGUCAUGAACAUGGAGGAGUCCAACGGCAGCCUGGCAGCAGAGUUCAGACAUUUGCAACUGAAGGAGCAGAAGGUUGCCGGCAACCGGAACAAUGAGGGUCCUCUGAUCGUCACCGAGGAGCUUCACUCGCUCAGCUUCGAGUCGGAGCUGCAGCUCAACCAGUCGGGACUCAACAUCAAACUGGAGGCCAUGUCUCUGCCACUUGUUGUCAUCUCUAACGUGUGUCAGCUGCCAAGCGGCUGGGCUUCCAUCCUCUGGUACAACAUGCUGACCACCGAGCCCAAGAAUCUGAAGUUUUUCCUCAGCCCUCCGCAGGCCAAGUGGUCUCAGCUGUCCGAGGUCCUCAGCUGGCAGUUCUCGUCCGUCACUAAGCGAGGCCUGAACCAGGAGCAGCUCAACAUGCUGGCUGACAAGCUGCUCGGAGCCAAAGCUCAGAGGAACCCAGAGGGUCAGAUUCCCUGGACCAAGUUCUGUAAGAGCGCCAAUGAGAAAGCGUUCCCCUUCUGGUUGUGGAUCGAAGGAAUCCUGGAUGUGAUUAAGAGACACCUGCUGUCCCUCUGGAACGACGGCUCCAUCAUGGGCUUCAUCAGUAAGGAGAGGGAGAGGGCUCUGCUGAGCGACAAGUGUCCUGGGACCUUCCUGCUCCGGUUCAGUGAGAGCAGCAGAGAGGGAGCCAUCACCUUCACCUGGAUCGAAUACGACGUCCACAACAAGCCGCUCUUCCACUCCGUGGAGCCGUACACGAAGAAGGAGCUGUCCGCCGUCUCUCUGCCCGACAUCAUCCGCACAUACAAGGUGAUGGCGGCCGAGAACAUCCCGGAGAACCCGCUCAGGUUCCUCUACCCCAACAUCCCCAAAGACAAGGCCUUUGGGAAGUACUACCCCAGACCCACAGAGGCUUCAGAGCCCAUGGACGUGGAGAACAACCCGGACAGGAGCGGCUACAUGAAGACGGAGCUCAUCUCUGUCUCUGAAGUACAUCCGUCCAGACUGCAGGACAACAUGCUGCCCAUGUCUCCUGAUGAGUACAAGGCUCUGUCGCACUUUGUCAGCAACAGAGACAUCGAUGCUGUGACGCACAAUCUGAUUUCUGGAUUUGGAGAGUUUGACGUUCAGAUGAGUGCAGAUUUAGAGUAGGACUGAGGACGGAGGAGCUUCUUCAAUGUACUCAAUAUUCCCAACUGAACUUUCUUCAGAGGUCGUUGAACCUCUGGAUUACUUUAUCUGCUCAAGGUGUGAAGACCCUCACAACUCUUUAGGUAUGAUGCAGGGGCUGUUUGGAUCAGAUUAAUGUGAGGAUAGAAAAGAACAUUCACUGUGUAUUUACUAAAAAAGCAGAGUAUCCUCUGUGAUAGACUCCAGCAGGUCAGGAGCACAGACCGUCUCUAUCUCGGUAUCUAGGUAUUAAAUCAACUUAAAUAUAAUCUUCCUAACAAGGGCGAUCUUGUCUGAGAGUCAUCAGAUUAAUUAUUUUGCACAUCUGUUGAUUUACUGUGAGAACGAGCUGUAGAAGUGAAGUCAGCAGACAGAAUAGUUAGGAGUGAGACUCACUGACCUUCAGAUAGCUUUCACUCUGUAGUCCUGGUUGCCUCAUGAUGUUGGCCAUGUUUCCUCUGCCUCUUUUUUACUUGUACAUAUAUAUUUUUUUGAAAUGUGAAGCGUUAAUUUGAACAUUACAACAGUGAAAUGACAGAAUGUGAUUCUGCAUGCCUACUUUGUAGCACAACUACUAUGAAAACAAAGAUUCAUAGGAUUCAAAUGUAUGUUCCAUCCACUCAAAGUUUCUGUGACUCGGCUUGAGCUUUUAAUUUAAGGAGCUGUGUUGUGACAUGUGCUUUACAAAGGUCAUUUAACAGUGCAGACUAAAUACAUUAAAUCACUGAGA